AAGGCAAGGAGGGAGGGAAGAGAGAUGGAGAAGCAAAACAUCCUCACCUCCCUGGGGUCAGAUAGAAGCAGUCAAGCUGCUGUGUUGUGCCUACAGGGUUAAAGGUGACUCAUCUCCAACUCACACAGAUACCAGACACACAUAUCACGCACACAUCUCAGAGGUCAAACUGAGGGUCAUGACCAGCUGACAGUGAGCAGAAACAAGACGCUAUACACCACACACACUUUGUGCAAUGCUGGGCUGCCUGGCGCUCUGGGGAAGAGCAGAAGCAGGCAUGACAGUAUGUGUGUGUGUGCGUUUGUAAUGUAUCCUCCCGUCCUGUAGGUGGCGAGCAGGCAGCCAGCAGACCGUUCUCUAUGAGGAGCAGUAGAAGAUGCCGGCUCUGCCAGCGCUGCUGCUGUCGAUACACUUCUCCUCCUUCCUGCUAGUUACCAUGGCACCACGCUCCGGAAGCCAGGCCGCCCUGCUCUCCUCCGUCCGGAUGGCUGCGAUCCUGGAUGACCAGUCAGUGUGUGGGCGUGGGGAGCGGCUGGCUCUGGCCCUGGCCAGGGAGAACAUCAACAGUGUGAUGGAGGGAGGUGCCAGAGCCCGUGUGGAGGUGGAUAUAUUCGAACUGCAGAGGGACUCCCAGUACGAGACCACUGACACCAUGUGCCAGAUUCUACCUAAAGGAGUGGUGUCUGUGAUAGGCCCUGCCAACAGCCCUGCUUCUGGCUCUACUGUCAGUCAUAUAUGUGGAGAGAAGGAGAUCCCACAUGUAAAGAUAGGUCCAGAGGAGACUCCCAGGUUGCCCUACCUGCGUUUUGCCUCGGUCAGUCUAUACCCUAGCAAUGAGGACCUGAGCCUGGCCGUGGCAGCCAUCCUGCGAUCCUUCAGCUACCCCUCAGCCAGCCUGGUCUGCGCCAAGGCCGAGUGCCUUCUGCGAUUGGAGGAGCUAGUGCGGCGCUUCCUGAUCUCCAGGGAGACCCUGUCAAUCAGGAUGCUGGAUGACAGCCUGGAUCCCACCCCUCUGCUGAAGGAGAUACGAGACGACAAGGUGGCCACCAUCAUCAUCGACGCCAACGCCUCCAUCUCCUACCUCAUCCUUAAAAAGGCGUCAGAGUUGGGGAUGACAUCAGCGUUUUACAAGUACAUCCUCACCACCAUGGACUUCCCCCUGCUGAGGCUGGAUGACAUAGUCGAUGACCAGUCCAACAUCAUAGGGUUCUCCAUGUUCAACACCACCCAUCCGUUCUACCUGGAGUUCAUCAGGAGUCUCAACCUGUCCUGGAGGGAGGGCUGUGAUCUCAUCUACCCCGGGCCUGCGUUGUCGUCAGCGUUGAUGUUUGACGCGGUGCACGUUGUGGUGGGGGCGGUGAGGGAGCUCAACAGGAGUCAGGAGAUUGGAGUCAAACCUCUUAGCUGCACCUCUCCUCAGAUCUGGCAACACGGCACCAGCCUCAUGAACUACCUACGCAUGGUGGAGUAUGACGGUCUGACAGGCCAUGUGGAGUUCAACAGUAAAGGACAGAGGACCAACUACACCCUGAGGAUUCUGGAGAAACACCGCAGGGGUCACAGAGAGAUUGGUAUCUGGUACUCCAACAACACACUGGCUAUGAACGCCACCAGUCUGGACAUCAACGUCUCGGAAACACUGGCCAACAAGACCCUCGUCGUCACCACCAUACUGGAGAGCCCCUAUGUGAUGCGUAAGGGUAACUACCAGGAGUACCAGGGGAAUGACCAGUACGAAGGCUUCUGUGUGGACAUGUUGAGAGAGCUGGCAGACAUCUUGAAGUGCUCCUUCAGGAUUAAACUGGUGGAUGAUGGGCUGUAUGGAGCGCCUGAACCCAACGGGUCCUGGACCGGCAUGGUGGGAGAGCUCAUCAACAGGAAAGCAGACUUGGCAGUAGCAGGCUUCACCAUCACGUCUGAGAGGGAGAAAGUCAUAGACUUCUCCAAGCCCUUCAUGACGCUAGGAAUCAGCAUCUUGUACAGAGUCCACCUGGGGAGGAAGCCGGGGUAUUUCUCCUUCCUGGACCCCUUCUCUCCAGCCGUUUGGCUCUUCAUGCUGCUCGCCUACCUGGCUGUCAGCUGUGUGCUCUUCCUGGCUGCAAGGUUGAGUCCCUAUGAGUGGUACAACCCCCACCCGUGUCUGCAGGGGCACAAGGACAUGCUGGAGAACCAGUACACCUUAGGGAACAGCCUGUGGUUCCCUGUUGGAGGCUUCAUGCAGCAGGGCUCUGAGAUCAUGCCCCGUGCCCUGUCCACACGCUGCGUCUCAGGGGUCUGGUGGAUGUUUACGCUGAUCAUCAUCUCCUCCUACACGGCCAACCUGGCAGCCUUCCUGACCGUCCAGAGGAUGGAGGUGCCCAUCGAGUCUCCUGACGACCUGGCUGACCAGACCAACAUCGAGUAUGGCACUAUCCACGGGGGGAGCACCAUGACUUUCUUCAUGAACUCGCGCUACCAGACAUACCAGCGCAUGUGGAACUACAUGCACUCCAAGCAGCCCAGUGUGUUUGUGAAGAGCACGGAGGAGGGCAUUGCCCGCGUGGUCAACUCUAAAUAUGCCUUCCUCCUGGAGAGCACCAUGAAUGAGUACUACCGCAAACUCAACUGUAACCUCACCCAGAUAGGUGGUCUGCUGGACACCAAGGGUUACGGCAUCGGCAUGCCACUGGGCUCUCCGUUCAGAGAGGAGAUCACUAUGGCCAUCCUGCACCUGCAGGAGAACAACAGGCUGGAGAUCCUGAAGAGGAGGUGGUGGGAGGGAGGACAGUGCCCUAAAGAGGAGGACCACAGAGCCAAGGGUCUGGGCAUGGAGAACAUCGGGGGUAUCUUCGUGGUGUUGAUCUGUGGCCUCAUCAUCGCUGUGUUCGUGGCCAUCAUGGAGUUUGUGUGGUCGACGCGCUGCUCUUCAGAGACAGACGAGGUGUCUGUCUGUCAGGAGAUGCUCACCGAGUUCCGAAACGCCAUAUCCUGUAAGAAGAGUUCCCGUUCCCGUCGUCGCCGCCCCCUGGGCAACUCCGCGGCCCUCCGCCACCCCACCCGCAUCGCCCUGGGGGCCCUGCGGCCACUCCGCCUCGUACGGGAGAUGCGCCUCAGCAACGGCAAGCUCUACAGCGGCUCGGGACCCCUGACUGGGGGAGCAGGGGGGCCAGGAGGGGGUGUAGGGGCUGGGGGAGGUCCCUCAGACAUGGGCCCCGGGCCUCAGCGACUCCUGGAGGACACUCUGGGGGCCAACACCACCCCUCCUCACCCGCCCCAGCCGCAGGCCGCCGUGGCACUCCCUCGCAGCUGCACACACGUCAGGAUCUGCCACGAGUGCAGGAGGAUCCAGAGCCUGAGGUCAGGGAUGGGCUCCACGAGGAUCCCCCCCUCAUCUGCACCCUUGCCCCGCCUGCCCCCUCCUCCUCCCCCCUCCUCCUCCAACACAGACAGCGAGGGAGGAGGUGGGUCCAGCCCCCGGCGGCUCCCCCACAGCACCCCUGCACCCUGCCUACCCAUACCACCCCCACAGAGCAGCACCGACACAGACCUUCUGGGGAAGCAGGACUAAGACUGACGAACUAGGAGGGGCUGGAGUGUAUAUGUGGGGGCAAGUUAACAGUGACUUAACUGAUGUUUUGAGCUGCUCAGUGACACACUAUUCUGUGACCCUCUGUACAUUGGCCUCCAGGAGGGAACUACAGGAAGAGAAGGAGGGAGAGAGAGAGAAUUAGAGGGCUCAAAGACGUUGUGAAAUGUGUGAUGAAGCAAUGGAAAUUAUAUAUUUGCACAGAUACCAAAAGACACACCCAUACAGAAGGAGAAAUAAGGAGAGACUUCCUUUGCUCUCCAGCGCGCUGCCCAGCUGGUUCUGAUGUUAGCCCAGUCUGUUCACAGAACCAUGCUCCACUAUGUUCUGGCUUUGUGAUUUACUUGAAGAUGGCUGCUCGGUUCUUAUCUUGACUUACCAGUGGAUCAAUCAGGACUGAGCUACACUUUAAAGCAGUCAGGUAACGCACAUAAUUUGAUGCCAGACAUACUGGUUUCUCUGUUGGUCUCUCUCUGUUCUCCCCGCUCUCUCUCUCCAUCUCUCUCUCUCUUUCCCUUUCCAUGGUACCACAGACUCUCAUCUAGAGCGGCCAGCUCUUCCUCUCUGGACGGUGACCACUGGAGGAGGAGCCCACAUCGAUCCUGGAGGACCUUUAAUCUAUGUAACAUACAACAACAGAAGACUUUAAAACUGACUCAGAGAAUUAUAUGAUUUUCUAGAUUUUUUUGUUGUUGUCUUUGUCAUUUGGUUACCAUUGUUCUAAGUGGAAGUUACAGAAAAAUAAAGACUAUAUAUGUGA